UGGAAAGUUUCGGGCUAGGAGGUAAUAACAUUCAUGGAAGCAUUCCAAUUGAAUUAGCACAACUUCCAAAUCUGAAGGCAUUUGACUUGACCUCCAAUCAUCUCACAGGUCCUGUUCCAUCUUCGAUUUAUAAUCAUUCAUCGUUGCGGUACUUGUCCCUUGCUGAUAAUCAACUCACUGGUCCAAUCCAAGAAUUCACAAAUAGUAUAUUGGAUGUCAUUGAUUUGAGCAAGAAUGAUCUACAUGGCCCCAUUCCACCACUUUCAACCGCUCACAGUUUCAUCUCGCAUAACAAAUUCACUGGAGAGAUCCCUUUGGCUAUUUGCAACAUGAGUUCCCCUAUAAUUCUUGAUUUGUCGCAUAACAGCUUGAAUGGUGUAAUUCCAGAGUGCUUCGGAAACUUUAGCAAUGUACUCAGGGUGUUAGAUCUUGGGAUGAAUAACUUCCGUGGAAACAUUCCUGUCACAAUUGCAAAGCGAAACAAGUUGAAACAUUUUCCCGCAAACUCUCUUGAGGUUCUUAAUUUGUCUCAUAAUAACCUGAGUGGUGUAAUUCCAGAUUGUUUGGGGAAUUUCAGCAAUGCACUCAUGGUGUUAAAUCUUGGAAUGAAUAACUUCCAUGGGAAAAUUCCAACUAUAUUUGCAGAGGGAAACCAAUUGAGGAAUAUUGACUUAAAUGGGAAUCAAUUGGAAGGUCCCGUGCCACGAUCUUUGGUAAAUUGUACACACUUGGAAAUUCUAGACUUGGGAAAUAACAUUAUAGAUGACACAUUCCCCUACUGGUUGGAGUCUUCCGAUGUUGCAGGCACUCGUUUUACAAUCCAAUAAAUUCCACAGCCCUCUAGGCACUUUCAAAACUAAAUUCCCCUUUCCCAAGCUUCGAAUAUUUGACCUCUCUCAUAAUGAAUUUUGUGGCCUUUUGCCAACAAAAUAUUUUGAGCAUUUCAAAGCUAUGAGAAAUGUGAAUGAAAAGGUGAGAAGGAGAUAUAUGGGAGACCACUAUUAUAAAUAUUCUGUGACAGUGGUAGUAAAGGGGUUGAAGGUUGAGCUAGUGAGGAUUCUAACCAUCUUCACGAUAAUUGAUUUAUCAAACAAUAAAUUCACAGGAGAGAUUCCAAAUGUUAUAGGAAAUCUUAAUUCACUUCGGUUGCUCAACUUAUCUCACAACGAUCUUACUGGCAAUAUCCCUUCGUUGUUGGGAAAUCUAUUGUUGCUUGAAUCGUUGGAUCUCUCUUCAAACCAACUUGUAGGUGAGAUUCCUAAUCAAUUGACAACUCUAACAUUUCUUGCAGUUUUAAAUCUUUCACAAAACCAUCUCGAGGGGCGCAUUCCUCAAGGCAACCAAUUUAAUACAUUUCAAAAUAACUCAUACGAUGGGAACUUGGCGCUAUGUGGAUUUCCACUGUCGAAUAAAUGUGGAGAUAACGGGACACCACAACUGCAACCACCACCUAUGUCACACCCGGAAGAUGAUCCAACAUUUUUUAGUGGAUUUAAUUUGAAAGUCGUAUUCAUAGGGUAUGGAUGUGGAAUGAUAUUUGGAUUGCUUAUGGGAUAUCUUAUGUUCUUAAUUGGAAAACCGAAAUGGUUUGUAAGAAUUGUUGAAGGAGAACGACAUAAGAAAGGAAAAAGGUGCUGAUCAAAAAAAAAAAAGUGAAGGAAAAAGGUCACACAAGAGUGGUAACAGACAUAGAGGAAGAAGAAAGUAGAAAACACAAAUGGCAUCUUAGGUAUGUAAUGCUUUACCCUCUCUUUCUUUUUCAAUGUCAUUGUGUUGGAUACAUA